AUGGAAAAGAAGAAGGAGGACAGACCUUACAAGUGCACGAUGUGCGAUAAGGCCUUCCACAGGCUAGAGCAUCAGACGAGGCACAUCAGAACCCACACGGGUGAAAAGCCCCACCCUUGCACGUUUCCAGGUUGCAAUAAACGUUUCUCUCGUUCAGACGAGUUGACGAGACACUUGAGGAUCCAUAACAAUCCGGCGGGUCGAAAGAGACCCAAUAAGUACCGCCAGGCCGACCCCAAGGAGCAAUCUUCCAUGAACGGUGUCCCUAUGGCAUCUGUUCCGGUCGGAUACGAUGGCCAGCAGCCUCAGUACUACCCUCCAGGCGCCUACCCAGUUUACUUUGUUCAGCCGGGAAUGCAGCCUAUCCAGGGCAUCCAGCAGUUCCCGCAAGUUCAGGGCCACUAUGCUGUGCCUCCGGGACAAGCAAUCGCUGUUCCAGUUUCCUACGAAGAUGGACAAUACGUCGCUCAGCAUGUUCCACAAGGCGUGCCAACGCAAUCUUCUCCACAAUAUGGCCAGAAGAGCAUGGCCCAGAUAGCAAAGCCUUUAGCCUCUCGCUUUGGUGGCCAGGCGUUGUCUCCUUCGACCGGCUCACUCGGGAAGACCAGCAGUCUGGUGUCCAUCGGCUCUGCUGCUAAUACUUCACAAGUGUUUAGCAACUCUAACACAGGCUCCCUGCCCAACUCAUCCGCUGCAUCGUCCACGAAUUCUCCCGAAACCGCCAAGUCAGUCAAUCCUUUGAAGCCCGUGUCUCAGCAGAAUCAAACGCCCUCGUUCUCAAACCUCAACGAUUACUUCCACAGGCUGCGUGCUUUCGGCUCCAACAGCUCGCUCAACAAACUCAAGACUAGCAGCUCGCUGGGUAAUUUGGGAAACUUGAGCAGCUCGCUCUCUUCUUUCCAAAGAAUGACCCCUCUCAAGGUGACCUCGCCCUCGGCCCUGCUCCAGCUGGGAAUCAAGAAGCCAUCUUCUUCGACGCAACUCAACCUCGAGUUCACACAGCCCGUCAAGAAGUCUAGGCCAAACUCCCCAACCGGGUCGGCAGUGAACUUGUACAUGACUCCAAGUGUGGACAGAAGCUUUACGAAUUCUCCACCCAGGCCUCACUCUGCCACUACAACCCGUACGGGUAACCCUGCUUUCAUAAUCUCUCCAAACGAGACUCCACUUCAGACGCCGUCUCACUCCCCUCCACUACAAGCACAGAACUUGCCAGAGAAGGGUUUGAACUCGACGUACUUGUUUAGCGAGUUGGAGAAGCAGAAGCAGAAGGCAUCUGAGAGUAUAGCCGACAGUGGCACGACGCUUCCACCGAUCAGGUCGGUGUUCAAUUUCUCAAAGCAAGAUGGGUUGCAGCCUCUUCAUGUUCGGAAGGAAUAA